UGGGACUCAAGGAGUACCUAUCAUCGUAUAAAAUCAGAAUAUUCCCCGUAACUCUAGACGUAUAUACUGGGAAUACAGGUAUCUUAAGGAUGCAUAUAUAUAGCAGCUCCUACUCUUGAUUAAUGUGAAAGUUGAGUUUUCCCAAAAGAUGUGUGUGUCAAAAAUGAGAUUUUUUGGGUAUUGCAUUCUUGUUGUUCUGGGUUUGAUUCUGAAUGAGUCAGUUUUAUGCAAUUGUGGAGUCACCAGUAGUUUUGUUAGGAAAGUUGAGAAAACAAUUGAUAUGCCUCUGGAUAGUGAUGUUUUCAGUGUCCCUCCUGGAUGUAAUGCGCCUCAACAGGUUCACAUAACACAAGGAGAUCAUGUGGGAAAGGCUGUAAUUGUUUCAUGGGUGACUAUGGAUAAACCUGGUUCAAGUACAGUAGUAUACUGGAGUGAGAAAAGCAAGCAAAAGAAUAAGGCCAGUGGAAAAGUUACUACCUACAAAUAUUAUAACUAUACGUCUGGUUACAUCCACCACUGCACUAUCAAACAUUUGAAGUUCGAUACCAAAUACUACUAUAAGAUUGGGGUUGGGCACGUGUCACGAACCUUCUGGUUCACAACUCCUCCAGAAGUUGGCCCUGAUGUACCCUAUACGUUUGGUCUUAUAGGGGAUCUUGGUCAGAGUUUCGAUUCAAACAAGACACUCACACAUUAUGAAUUAAAUCCAAUCAAGGGGCAAGCAGUGUUGUUUGUAGGCGACCUAUCUUAUGCUGAUAACUACCCUAAUCAUGAUAAUGUAAGAUGGGAUACAUGGGGAAGGUUUGUGGAGAGAAGUACUGCUUAUCAACCUUGGAUUUGGACCGCAGGAAAUCAUGAGUUAGAUUUUGCUCCUGAAAUUGGGGAAACAAAACCAUUCAAGCCCUACACUCAUCGGUAUCAUGUCCCAUUUAGAGCAUCAAACAGCACAUCUCCACUUUGGUAUUCAAUCAAGCGUGCUUCAGCAUAUAUCAUAGUUUUAUCCUCAUAUUCAGCAUAUGGAAAAUACACUCCUCAAUUUAAAUGGCUCGAGGAAGAGUUACCAAAGGUUAACAGGACUGAGACUCCGUGGCUGAUUGUUCUAGUACAUUCCCCAUGGUAUAACAGCUACAACUAUCACUAUAUGGAAGGAGAAACCAUGAGAGUAAUGUAUGAGCCAUGGUUUGUACAGUACAAAGUGGAUAUGGUUUUUGCGGGUCAUGUUCAUGCUUAUGAACGAACGGAACGGAUAUCUAAUGUGGCCUACAACGUUGUCAAUGGAGAAUGCAGUCCUAUUAAAGAUCAAUCUGCUCCAAUUUAUAUAACAAUCGGUGAUGGAGGAAAUCUUGAAGGCCUAGCCACCAACAUGACAGAGCCACAGCCAGCGUACUCUGCCUUCCGCGAGGCCAGUUUUGGACAUGCCACUCUCGCGAUCAAGAAUAGAACUCAUGCUUAUUAUAGUUGGCAUCGUAAUCAAGAUGGAUAUGCUGUGGAAGCUGAUAAGAUAUGGGUUAACAACCGUUUUUGGCAUCCAGUUGAUGAGUCCACAGCAGCCAAAUCAUGAUGAUAUACACGAGAUUUCAUCCUUCUUUUCUUUCAUUUUCCUUUGUAACAUUGUGUACUUGUUGCUUAGUACUCUGCAACCAAUAAAUUUCAUUUCAAGCUUUUCCUGCCUCAUAAUUUGUAAAACGUCCAUCUUGGGGCGUAGCAGAAGAGCCGUUGUGAGGAAAAACGAAUAAAACGUUGUAAAAGGAAAAUUGAAGGACAUAUAUUUUUUCAUAGUUACUCAUUUAUCCAA